UCCUCUUAGUUUAUAAGCAAAUGGGAGCAUGGAGGUCAAAAGCUGAUUGUAAAGAUACUGGAUAUUCAAAUGGUUGCAAAGUGUUUAAAGAUUUCGGUGAUUCGGGUGAUUCUGAUAGUUUCGAUGUCUUUGUUGAUUUUUUUCAAUAUGUGGAGUAUCGUUACAAGGAUUUCGAUCCACAAGAACCACUGGAGUCCUCCUCGGAUUCGUCCAGUGAUUCGUCGGGCAGUGAAUGCAAGGACUUGAGUCCGAUAUCGACGGCCAGGAGCAGUGACUCGUCCUCAGCGACGCACGACGAGUACAGUGUGUACUCUGUGCCGCCACUGGUCUUGAGUGGAAAGUGCUCACCCGUUCUACCGAACUUUGGGGGAUCCGUAUCGCCCUCCCUGUGCUCGUCGCUUUACAGCAUCCCGUCCUCGGAUGAAUGUUCCUUUAGGUGCUCCCCGGACCGGCACUUGGAUGAUUCUUACUUUAAGUUCUCCCCGGACCAGCACUUGGAUGUCAGUGCCUCGUCCUCGUAUCAUAGCCUUCAUGAGCCGACCCCCACUCUGAGCCAAAGGUUCAAUAUCCUGCUCCUUGAGCUGUAUGCCAGCCACGAGUGUCUGUGGAAUGUCAAUCACAGCCAGUUCUUGGAUUGCGCCGCCAAGACCCAGGCCUGGAGCGAGGUGUCCUGCGAGCUGGAGAGGCACAACAUGACCGUUGUCUCGCCAGAUUUGUGUCGCCGCCGUAUCGACGAGCUGCGCCACUUCGAGAGUCGCCACCGACUCCGCCAGAUGCGGAGAGUUCAGCACCAACGACGCGUCGACUACGGCAAGAGGGUGACCUUGCACUUGGACCCAAAGACGCUGCGAGAGACCGAAGAGAAGCUGUCCUGCUCCAUCUGUGCCGGAUACAAUGCCACUUCGAGAUGGGCCAAUCGUAGGACCCAUGCCUUUCUGAAGCACCGGCAGUACGUACAGUGCCCCACCCGGAACAUUUCCAUGUCCAUGACAGCCUUGGAUCAGCGGGGGUUUGAACAGAGAUCGCAGGAGUUGCUGCCGGAGGGGUACUUCGACCAGUGCUUCAAGUUCCUGGACAAGAUCAUUCAAUAGCACGGAAGACAAGUUACCGGACUAUAAUCACAUCAAAAAAAAGUCAAGACUAUUCAAAAUUACGUUUCAACAAAUUCUAGACUUAAA